AGUUAUUCAAGGGCGAUUACUGUACCUCGCCGGCGGAGUUGUUGUCUGUCGCCUUGCUGCGGUUAUUAUGACAUAUGAAGAGGUUUUUUCUGACUACGGCGGCCGCAGGGGAUGUUCGCAGAAAAAAUUCCAGUGUCGUAAAUUAAGCAAUUGCAGUGAGUCUGGGGACCACUUUUGUUUCCUUCGGACCCUUCACAAACAGCACUGAGUAUUAAGAAUGGCCCCUUCUGUCACCAGAGGUUUGCUACUGGUCUUGAAAAAUAGCUGGUGAUCAGUUGUGGUUGUCAGUCAGACUUCUGCACCAUUAAUGACAACAUUUAUCCACAUAGAUGGCAUCUAUAGACACCUGUAACCCUGAAAUGACUAUUAUGGGCCCUCAUGGAAUCAAUCGAGCUAUACACCGCUUUGCAUUUUCGGACUGCCAAAACGGAUUAGGCAUUAAAGUUAUUGGAGGCUGUCGAGAGCAGUCUGAAGAAGACUAUGGAAUUUUCAUAAAGAGGAUCUUGCCAGGAGGGAUGGCUGCAACAGACAGUCGACUGCUUAUUGGAGACCUGAUUUUAGAAGUCAAUGGUCAAAACCUGGUUGGGGUAACCAAUGAAAGAGCUGUUGACAUCUUGCGAACAGCGUCAGCAACCAGACAUGUGUCUUUACUGAUUGCCAGAGAUGAAGAAGCAAAAAAAGAGUUCCUAGAUCUGAUGGAGAGAUGCAGCUCGCACAGCAGUACAAGCUCUUCCAGGAGUUCCCCGACACAAGUUCUAGCUGGUAAAGCUAGUGACAGCUUUUCUUCAACAUCUUCUUCAAGGUCAACAAGUCCUCAGCUAUUGCAUUCAAGGGAUACAAACCAUAAUGGAAAACCACCUGCAGCAACUUCUUUUCAAGGCGUCACAAAUGACAGCGCCUUUCAGAUUAUCACGGUUUCCAAGGGAACAGGCCUCGGCUUGAACAUUGUAGGAGGCAUUAACAGGAAUGAAGGACCCUUGGUGUACAUUCUGGAAGUUAUUCCUGGAGCUGAUUGUCACAAGGAUGGUAGGCUGAGACCAGGGGACCAGCUUGUAUCUAUUAACAAGGAGUCAUUUAUUGGAAUCACCUAUGAAGAGGCAAGGACUGUAAUCAACAGGAUGAAGCUGAGGUCAAACUCUUCUUGGGAGAUUGCUUUCAUUAGACAUGAGACUACUCCCAACCAAGUGGAAAAUAUGCAGUCCUCCUCUAGUCUGUUGACUUCAGGUGGUUGUAGACUACAACCUAUUCCACUGCUGCUUAGUCCAGAUUUGUCUCCCAGUGACAAUACAGCUUCAAAAACAUCUUUUCUGAAUAUGACAAAAGCUGGAUUCAAGAAGAGAGAACAAUCUUCAGCAGUUUCUGCAAACAAGAGUACUGCUGACGUGUCUGCUGGGGCUGUCGCCCCCACCUGGAGUGAUGAUUAUGGACCUCAACAAAGGAAGAUUUCACUAAAUCCUACAGUUCGUCUUAAAGCAGAUAGACUAGAAAUGGCUUUGAAUUACCUUGGGAUUCAGCCUUCAAAAGAACAGCAAGAAAUUCUAAGGCAGCAGCUUCCUAAGGAUUUUGAAGGAAUGGUGUCUUUUGGAGAUUUUGUUCAGGUGGCAAGAAGUCUGUUCUCUUUACAGCUGGAUGACACAGGUGGGAUUCAAGGAUCCACAAGAUUUACUGCCCAUGAAAUUGCCAGAUUAUUAGAUUCACAGCCUGUAUCCUGUGAGUCUUUGGAAAACGACGAGACAGAAGAACUUAGAAAAGAGCGAAAUGAAGCUUUGAAAAAAAUAUGCAAAUUAAAGGAAGAAUUGGCAGAGUCAGAGCGCAUGAGAAAGGAACUCGCUGAAGAGCUGCAAACUACCAAGCAAGAAGCAAAGGCAUCUGUGGAAGAGACGAGAACCUUGCGAAGCAGAAUCCAUCUUGCAGAAGCUGCACAAAAGCAAGCUUGCGGAAUGGAAAUGGACUAUGAAGAAGUAAUCAGUCUGCUAGAGAGAGAAAUCUCUGAGUUGAAGGCUCAGAUUGACGACCAUUGUGGCCAAAAUAAAGAUAGCGUCCAAGACUUAAGGAAGAGGAUUACUGUGCUCGACUGCCAGCUGAGAAAAUCUGAAACAGCCAAGAAAACCUUUGAGGUGGCAACUGAAAAGUUACUGCAGUUUGUUGAGGUUAUACCUGAAGUACUAUUAGAUAGUUCCACUUCUCUGACAAAUCUAAGUGACAAAAAAGCCACGUUCUCUUCUAAAAUGCUCCUUGCACGUCUGGGAAGGAAUGGCCGCAGUGUCCCAGCAUCACUUGCAACUGAAGCCAAAGAACUUGCUAGAUCCAUCCGUGCCAUUCUGGAAGCAGAUUGUCUACCUUAUGGAUGGGAAGAAGCCUACACAGCAGACGGAAUCAAAUACUUCAUCAAUCAUGUGACACAAACAACAUCCUGGGUCCACCCUGUCACCAGUGUUCUUGCCUUGUCAUGUUCUGAAGAAAAUGAAGAUGAUGGCUUCAGAGAGCACCCGGAUCCAAAAAGCUGAGAAGACCUCUUACUUCAAUUUGGUUUCAGCCUAGUUGUCAAGAUUACUGUGUCUAGCAUGGAUGUACUAGCUCUGGUUGAAACAGCUGGAAAGUUUGCUGUUGCCUAGCAUUUGGGACUGGACCCACAGGCUAAAUACCCUCUCUCAGUCUGUAUCAGUAGACUCUCUGACAUAGACCACACACUUGUGUUAAUACCCAUUAUGCACCAGUACCACAGGCUCAUUUGUAUUUUUAAAAUAGAAGAGUUUGGACAGGCACUUGAUCCCAGUACCUCUUGCCUGCUUGUAUAUCUUUGGCAUCUUGUCUAUUAAAGGCAGUUCCCAAUAUCUCAUCAUGCUUUAGAGAAACCUGCCCUAAUCUGGAGGGAGAAUUUAGCCCUUGACUGAACAGAGAACAGAAAUAGUUACAGCCUUAGGUCUUAAUAGCUGGGCAGACUGUAUGGCCAGCAUUGUGUAGAUGACAUACACUGGCAUAGACCUCCCAUAACACAGGUGUUUGCAUUUAUAUGAUCAUUGUGGAAAAGAUAUAUCAUACCUCCUUGUGCAAAAAUUUAAUUGAUGCAAUUUCCACUUGCAAUUUCCCCCAUCCACUGGCUCAACUCUAGUGGAUGGGCGAGCCCAGCAGAGUGGGCAUUCCCGAAGCCCUGAAAGAUGAUAGGUGCUGCAUUUUUCUAGCUACACAACUGCAAUUGGAUGAAGCUUGGGGCAUCCACUCUGCAUCUCAAGCAACCAGUGACAGCAGAUUCCCAACAGAAAUACGUUGGCCAAAGUACACUGCCAGCAGUAUUAUUGCAUCUUAAGCAUUAUCACCAGGAACAGGGAACUGAUUGUGCUCCAUCUGUGUUCCAUCCACUCCCUUUCUGCCAUCUCAGAUGUUAUGGAGAAACUUACAGCACAUUGCAGUUAUGACCAAAGUCUGCCUGCCAGUGACAAAGCAAUGCAUUGUGUUGAGGUCCUUGCAAUAGAAAAUCACCCCUCUGUGCAUACAUUACUUAUCAUAAUGUAAAUUUUGCUAGUGAAGUAUGUGAAAAGUCAGGGACUCACUGGGUAAGACUGAGUAGAUUUGUAGAAGCCAUGGAGUUAUCUUGUGAGUGAUGUAGACCUAAGGGUUUGUCUAUACGUUAAACUCAUAUUACUUUACCUAUUGUGGUUCCCCCAUCUUCAGAGUCGCAUUAAUUCUCUGAGGUGGCUGUAAUCUUUUCACAGUGAAUUCUCAGUACUCUGACUGCAGUUAAACUGGUUUUAAUCUGUAGGCUAGGACAUAGUCCAGUUCAGGCAACAGAUGCCCUAGGAGAGUCAGACUUCACUAAUAUAGUGUGCUUAUUGCUUUAAUUUGAGAGUGAUCUUAUGAGUAGCAGUAGAGUUAUUGCUUCCUUCCAGGCCCACAUCUUCAUUUCAUCAUCUUCCUAGACAGUACACAUACUGAGUAAUUAGGUCAAUACUUCUAUCCUACUAAUGGCCAUAGUUACAAUCUUGGUUCCCCCCGCAAACUAUCGGAUAGCAUAUGAGCAACCUGGAGAUGUUUCUCUUCUUUUGCCUACUAAUUAAUGGCUUCUCAGAAGUAGGUCACCAUGUUCACUGUGCUGCUUCUUUAUCCUAGCAUCACUUUGCUGGUCACAUAAGCUACCCUCUGUUCACUUUUUAUUUUUCUUUACUGCCAUGUUGUGAUGCCUGGUAGAUAAUACAUAUAUAUUAAAUAAGAUUAUACUCUUCCUUUAAAAACACAAGAUGUUCCAGCCCAUGGUUUCUUUCCUUACUGCUUCAAGCAAAUUUCAUUCUGCUGAGAACUGUAAAUAGUGAAAUGUAGACUUUGUCUAUAAGGCCACUACACUUAGAUAACCAGGUUCUUUUAACAUUUUUAUAACAAAAUAAAUUACUCUAACUUUUAA